CCUUUACCAGCAUGGCGGCGUCCAGCGUGUUCAGAGUGGGACUCUUCAACAGCAAAGUGGCGAUAGUGACGGGAGGAGGGACGGGAAUCGGGAAGGCCAUCUCCAACGAGCUGCUGCAGCUAGGAUGUAGUGUAAUCAUUUCCUCCAGGAAGCUGGAGCGGCUUGAGGAGGCUGCCAAGGAGCUCUCAGAGAGGAUUCCCCCAAGCAGUCCAGCUAAAGUAACGACCAUCCAGUGUAACAUCCGUAAUGAGGACGAGGUGAGGAACUUGAUUGUGUCCACUUUGAAGCUUCACGGUAAAAUCGACUUCCUGGUCAACAAUGGAGGCGGCCAGUUCUCCAGUCCAGUGGAGCUGAUGAGCACCAAGGGCUGGAAUGCUGUUAUUGACACCAACCUCACGGGAACCUUUCUGUGCUGCCGCGAAGUGUACAAUGCGUGGAUGAAGGAACAUGGGGGCGCCAUUGUCAACAUCAUCGCCGACAUGUGGAAGGGCUUCCCCGGGAUGGCGCACACGGGUGCAGCAAGGGCCGCGGUGGACAACCUGACCAAGAGCCUAGCCAUCGAGUGGGCAUCCAGCGGUGUGAGGAUCAACUCCAUUGCCCCAGGGACAAUAGUUUCAAAAACAGCAGUGGCCAACUAUAAAGAGCUCGGUCCAAAGAUGUUUGAGAUGUCUGUAACCUUUAGUCCAGCCAAGAGGCUCGGAGUCCCAGAAGAGAUCUCCCCAGCUGUUUGUUUCCUGCUCUCCCCUGCUGCUUCUUACAUCACAGGGGCAACACUGAAGGUGGACGCUGGUCAGAGUCUCUACCGCUCCAUGUGGGAGAUCCCAGAUCACAGCGCAUGGCCGGAUGCACCAGAAGGGGAGAACGCUGGGACCUUGAAAGAGAUCAUAAGCAAGUCAAACCUCUGAGCAGAUCGGACCCAUGCGCACACGCAUACACCUACCUGGGACAACGAAAGGGACUUAAACCACAUGCCUACGCAUCUCAUGUGUCUUGUGAUCCUAAUUGUACAUUGUUUUGUAUUGAUUUGUCACACUUUCACACAUUCUUAACAUUUUUUUUGGGUUUGUUCGUAGAGCCAACCUUGAAGAUAAUCAGGAGUAGACUAUCAUGAAUAAUGUGGAAAUGUUUUACCCCCCCUCCACCCAUGCACUGUUACUAUGGAUUGGACUGGGGAAUUGGACUAAUUUAUAAGUGAACAAGGAACACCACUGUCAAUUCCACAGGUCAUUCAU